AAUCGUCUCUGUACCUACCGAUUUCAUAAGUUCCAUUUCGACCACCUACACUCUUUGUCUCCAGUCAAUACCAACUAAUAUUCGGAAUUCAACUUGGUCUAUUCGAGAGAAAAAAACCUGAAGGCGCAAAUCGGGCACAUCUGCAUUUUAAGCGAUUCCCUACAUAGCGUCUUGACGACACAAUUCAUCGAAUUGUCCCAUCAACACUUUCUUAGUUUGAUGAAAGGGAGCUUGUUAUGAAUUCGAAGACAGAUUUUUGCCUGCUGCUCUGAGACCUCACGUCCAUAAACAAGCAACAUUCAAGAUUUCUGGGCCAUUCUUGAGUCAAGUUCCGUUUUUGCGGAAUAGCGUUUUUUAGUGUAAACUGUGCGUCGUUUCAAAUAUGGGACAGAACAACAUCUUUAGAGAGGAAAAAAAAGAGGUAUCCGAAUAUAAAGAAUCGUCGAGUGGUGCAAUUGGGGUGAAAAUGGGCGUCGGUGUCGAUGCCAGAAGCACAGACGGGGACGUAGACGCGCCGCCUUUUCAAGCAAUGGACAGUGAAAGAGAUGUACAGUCCUCGACUAGAGAGGACUCGUCAAGCCGGCAGCCUUCAAGCACGGCUUCUAGUCAGUCGUCGGAGCAUAAGCCGUCGGGCGCAGUUGAAAGCAAACAAUCCUUCGCGACGUUCGGCUCUUCUGGAGUGUCUUCUAAUAACAGCGGCGGUCUGCUGACGUAUUCCGAAAAUCCUAGAGACAUGAAGGUUCUCCGCCUGCGCGAGGAGCUGAAGUCGAGAAAUCUAUCGCCAUCUGGAUUGAAAAACGCAUUGGUGGACCGUUUGAUUAAAGCCCUUCAAGAAGAAGGGUACAACACGACGGGGUUUGCCACAGAAGACGAAAACAGCGAACAUGCAGACGAGGCCUCGUCCAUGUUUGUGGGAGCAUGGCGAUAUGCGUCGUUUAAUUGUCCGGACGACGAUGAUUUUUCUCUGCUGUCAAGCCGAGUUGUAGAAGGCGGCCCAGAUUCACCGCCUGACUUGACGCCGCAAAACGCGAACGCUGAUUUCCGAGACCACGAAGACUAUCCAAGUCUCGAACAUCAAAGCAAAGACGCCCGCCAUGACGAAGAAUACCGACGCGCGGCGACCGAGGAAGACCUCCGUUCCGAGCAACAGCUCAACAAGGAAAUUUUGGACCUGGUUGCGUUUCCUUCUGAGAGCGAGAAAAACUUGUCAAACAACGCUCAAUUAAACGUUGACCAUGAGCUGAACGUAGAUGAAUUGAAAACGUUGCCACUGCUUCCAAACCCACCUUCUCUGUGCAAGCUGCCAGCUCGUUCUUUCGCAGCCAUUUACUCCUCCAGUACGAAAAAAAUAUACUACAUAAGCAGCAAAGACUGGCAAGUACACAGCCUCCGCGUCCAGGACAAAUGUUCCUUUCGAGCGGUUCAAUGCAACGAUGGGAGCGUUCAAACGAGCACCGGCGCGCCUCCUUCCGCAGACAACUGCGAAGCCAUCGAGAGCAAAUACAGUAAGCGUCCAUGUCCUUCUGUUGCCGCGAAUCGAGAGGUACCAGAGCUAGAACUAGAAGGAUUUAGCACGACGCUGCAGGGUACAAAAAUCGUUAUAUUCGGCGGUUCGAAAAAAACAACAUCUCACACCGUCUUUUAUAACACUUGCCACAUCUACGACACGGAAACUUCAAUUUGGGAAAAACUGAAUGUCAAAAACGACGAUUGUGUCCCGGCACCCAGGGACUUCCAUACUGCCUGUAGCAUCGGUACAAACGAGAUCAUGAUCUUAGGCGGUCGAACCUCGUCGAAGGAUGCGGGCGACGACGACAGCGCGUUCGAAUGUCUGAACGACGUGCACAUUCUAGAUACUGCUACAUGGGAAUGGCGACCGAUCGUGCCAGAAGGUCACCUCAAGCCCCGAUUCGGUCACACUGCCACCUACAAUCCUCGUCACCAUUCCGUGUUCGUGCAUGGGGGCCUGCAUAUAGUGGAGAAGAGCGACUCGUCCGGGAACGACGGAGACGUGCUCGAUGAUGACGGUGUGUGCGAGGCCAAAUUGUGGAACGAAGCCAACGAAAGACUAGAAGAACUGGCGGACGUGGCCAUUCUUAAUCUAGACGCGAUGAAGUGGACAACCGUGGAUUCGCUAUAUGGGACCGGCGUACUACCGAGAGUUCACCACACAGCUUGUUUGAGGAACGGGAAGAUAUUUUUAUACGGCGGUUGUAAUACGAUCUACGGCAAUUUUUUUAUUCCAAACGACGUUCGCUAUUUUGAGAUUGAUACGCUCCAUUGGCACAAAUUGGCCUCGGAUAAAAAACCGUGCAAGGGGCGCUGGGGCCAUUCCGCCUUUAUGAUAAAUGAAGAAAUGAUUAUUAUGGGUGGCUAUUUAUCCGAAGACGAAUCCACAAAGACAGUCUUGGUAAUCAACACAGAAUAUAAACCUACGGUUGUGAUUUGCGAAGACGUGCUAAUGAGUAACUUAAAGCAGCUCCUGCAAAGUGAGCUGUUCGCAGACAUUAAUUUCAGGGUUCAAAACAAGUAUUUGAGAGCUCACAAGGCCAUCAUCGCCUGUCGAAGCAGUCAACUUCGCGACUUAUGCAACAAAAAGAAGAAGCGGGGACAGACGAUUACGUUGGAGAGUAUCAAGUAUCAGACUUUCAAUUUGUUCCUUCAACUUCUCUAUUACGGUCGUAUCAUUGUCGAUCAUUCCCUGUACGAAUCCAUGACAAUGCUUUUAAAUACGUAUAACCUGGUACACAAGUCACGAAGGCUGCGACAGAAGCGCGAUUAUUUGUUUUCGUUACACAGCGUCUCGUUGGAUGCGCUGCUUACAAACCCCAUGCAUUUUGACAUUUAUCUUCGCGUUGAGGACAAGCAUUUUCCCGCACACCGCUCUAUUUUGAGUGCGCGAUCCUCAUGGUUCAUGAAUCUAAUUCAAGAGUGUCAAUCGAGCGAUUCCAUACCUGUCAUCCAAUUAAAUUUCCUAACUGCUCAGCAAUGUCACAUCGUCUUGGAAUUCAUUUAUUUUGGACAGCCGGCAUCCGCGCGCAUUGCAGACCUCGUCAAAUCAAACCAAGUUUUGUUAGUAUGCAAGUUAAUGCGGCACGCCAACACACUCAAACUUGUCGAAUUGAAGCAACAUUGCGAAAAGGUAAUUUUUGACAACUGGCUGAGCGCCGAAACGGCCGCUAGCUUCUAUGAGGUGGCAGUCAAGGCCAAUUCGGAGACCCUCAAACGGUGCUGUACAUAUGUUCUGGUCUCUAAAUUAAAAAACACAAAUUUCAAAUCAAAUUUAUUACAAUGCUCUGGAAGUUCAGCCUAUGAAUUAGAGUUGGCCGUUCGACAAGAGGCUUUGCGCCAGCUCAACCGCUCUGAUUUCGACUAGGAUGUAACCUGCGGGAAAAUUCGCGUUCUGUAUACUCCUUUCGAUACUUAUCGCAAAACUGCAAAUCCAUCUUGCGCAGCUGAAUGAAUAAAACAUGUGCUUUACUCUGCA